UCAUAUUUCCGAUCCAAAAAGAAGAAAAGAAAGUCGCUUGACUACCGAGUCAAGCUACACCCCACUCAAAGGCUGAGUCCGAGGCAAGAGUCAUCAUCCAUAGCGGAUCCUAAACAAUGCAACAAGGCAGCAAGGAGCAGGAAUUGAACAGUGCAAGAGCUUCGAUUGAGAUAUUGAACUCAAAUUUAGAUCAACAGAACCAAAGAAAGGUUAGCCUUCUCAAUGAAUUACAAAAUUUACAAGAGAGGAUUAGAAAGCAAGGUGCUGAUGCCAAAGUGCUGAAAUUUGUAUCCGUUUUGGAGACAUUGAAGACACUGGAAAGACAAGAAUCCCAAAUUAGGUCUGAUUUUGAUGCAAAACGUUCUUCAUUGGAAGCUGAGGUUAGUGAUUUGGAGGAAAUGAUAGCAACAGGGUCUGAUGGCGAGAAGCUCUCUCAUGGUUUAGAUGAUUCUUUAAAUGAAUCAUUGCGCAAGCUUAAUUCCGCGAAGAAGGAACUUGCAGCUAGACUAAGGGCAAUAGUAUCGGUAAAGCGGGAGCUGGAUGAUAUGCCCUCCCAAUCAGAACUAAUCCAGUAUGAACGCCGGUUUUCAGAGCUGAAUGCUCAUAUUCAGGAAAAACUUCAACAGACUCGAAAAUUCUAUGCUACCUAUAAUGCUCUUUUGGAGAUUAAAGAGUUGAUGCUAAAGGAAACUUCUUUGCUGAAUUCCAUAAGCUCACAGUUUCAGGAUGCCAUUGCUAGCCCUGCUGGUCGCAUGAAAUUACUUGAGUCCAUGGAGGGAAUUGUAAAGGGCAGCCAACAGAAGCUAGAAAAGUUGCAACUUGGGCUUCAAGAAGAGCAGAAGGUUUGUGAUUCUCUGAAAGAGAGGUAUGGUGCUGAAGUAGCGGAGCAAAGACGCUGCUAUUCUCUUAAAAACUAUUCACGUAGGCAAUGUCAAUUAGAUUGUCAGUAAUUUGAUGUUGUAGUAUUGUGGUUUUAAUAGUUAUGAAAAAUUUUUUACUCAUUCCAGAGAAUAAAUGUGUUUGAUUGUUUCUGGAGUA